UAUGAUGCUCUUGUGUUUUUACCUUAACAAUAGUAUUAAAACAUAUUAGACCAUGUUUUAAUGCAUAUCAAGAGCUUCCUUCAUAUUUACUCUGAAUAAAGUAGGAUUUAAAUUACGUAAUGGAAAGCGACUUGCAUUAUAAUAUACGUAGCUUACAGCCCUGGUUGAAGAGGAUAUAUUAGUGGUCAUUUCGCCAUACAAACGUUCUCGAUAUUUUCCUCUCUGUAUUUUGGCCCUAGAUUUUUUUUUUUUCAAUAUAAGUUCAAGAUUACCAGUAUUUGUGUUUCGCUUUUUUGAUAUUCUCGUUUUCAUAAGAACUAGGUUAAUUCAAACAGCGCUAAAAACGGCUAAAUAAAUCCGCCGUAAACAGAAGCAUAGCAUACAAAAUCGGCAACAAUAAACGCAAAAAUCUAAACGGUCAGAUACAGAUAAUUUCUUUCUCAUUCCGUUCCCAAAAUUUCGUUACUAUUGGUUAGUUAGUUUUAGAGAAGGAAAAUGUCGAAAACAAAACCUCGAUUUCUGAGAUUUUUAAGCAGGAUUUUUCGCCUAAGCUGCAGUUGUCCUUAUCGCACUAAUUUAAGAAGCCGUCCCCGUCAGCGCGACGGAGAUAUUUACCUAAAAAUCUCUAAUCUGAGAAAGGGCUCAGCUGAUAUAUCGUCUUAAUAAUAUAUCUGUGAUGAUAUGAUGUGACUAGUCUCACUCAUACGUAGGUUUUCGUAACAGCUGCUUGCCGUAACCGUAGUCCGUAACCUUCUUUCUUUCUCAGAUAUUCCGUUUUGUUGGUGCAGUGACAACGACUCGUUUAGAGCUGCGGCUAGUGACGUGUAUGUUUUUUAUUAUAUGUGACUGAAAUGUUCAAUUCAAUUCAUGUAAUCUCGAUGGGCUUAGUUGAUGGCGUGGAGUGCUACAGUCGCGCUGGGUGCGGCGCUGGCGGCACUGCUGGUGUGGCUGAGGUGGCGCGCGCGCAACCUGCGGCUGCUGGAGCUGGCAGCGCGCGUGCCCGGCCCGCCGGCUCUGCCGCUCCUUGGCAACGCCUUGCUCUUCAUGGCUAAACCUAAUGAACAAUUGAAAUUGGUGGCGGACAUCAUAGCCAAAUACGGAGAGUACGUGAGGUUCUGGUUGGGGCCUGAGCUGAACAUAGUUGUCUCGAACCCGGAAGAUAUAAAGUUGAUUCUGACGAGUAACAAAGUCACCAAAAAAGGACCUGUGUACAACUUCAUGAUACCCAUGAUAGGGACCGGAAUACUGACGGGAGGUGAACAUUGGCGUCAUUGUCGGAAGACAGUGACACCAUCAUACAACAAGAAGGCAGUGGCCGCGUUUGCGCGCGUGUUCAACGCGGAGGGGGCGGACCUGGCGCGGCGGCUCUGCGCGCGCGACGCGAACUCCUUCGACGUCUUCCCCGAAGUUGUUAACACCACAACGCAGUGUGUUUGUCAAACACUAAUGGGCCUCACAAAAGAUGACUCAAUGAAUUUGACAAAUCUUAAUUACGUGGUUUCAAACACUCGCAGAAUGUACAGUUUUUUUUUUGCCAAAAUGACUAAAUGGUGGCUUCAGGUCCCGCUUAUAUAUUGGAUCACAGGAGCUCAGAAGGUUGAAGAUACAAUGAUUAAGGACUUUCAUAUUUUGAUUAAAGAUAUAGUGGAUAAAAGAAAAAAUGCUUUGGAGAGGAAUGAGGGCACAGAGGAAGAGGUUCGAGGCAUCGUUGACAGACUCAUCUUGAACGGAGAUUUCACCGAGCAGGAGAUUAGGAAUCAGACUUUAGCUUUGUUUACUACUAGUCAAGAAGCUGGAGCAAAGAUAGCAUCUGCUGUUCUCUUGUACUUAGCGCAUUUGCCGGAGUGGCAGGAUAAAGUGUACAACGAGAUCCUGGAGCGCCUGGGCCCAGAAGACGAUUUCAUAACGGAUGAGCACAUCAAGUCACUCCAGUACCUGGAUAUGGUUUACAAGGAAGUUCUGCGCUGCAUGUCCAUAGCCGCCAUGAUCCAGAGGACAGUGGAAGAGGAAAUUACUAUAAAUUCUGGGAAAAUCACCCUGCCAGUUGGGACAUCUUUGGCUAUUCCCAUUCACAUGCUCCAUCGAAAUCCAAAAUACUGGCCGGACCCCGACAAAAUUGACCCGGGAAGGUUCCUGCCCGAGAACGUGGAGAUGCGGAACCCUAAUGCCUUCGUGCCUUACAGCCUGGGCCCAAUGGACUGUCUAGGUCGCGUGUACGCCAUACAGAUGGUAAAGACGCUGGUGGUGCGCACGCUGCGGCAAGUGCGGCUGGAAGCCGACGGCCGCCUCGAGGAUCUGGUGCUCGACGUUGCCAUCUCCGUCUCCUUUUCCGACGGGUACCGACUCAGGGUCUAUCCGAGAAGGCCGAAGAAUACAAGAGAUCGAAAUAUUGCAUAAGUCUAGAGUAAUCAAGAAUUUUUUGCCUUAUGUUUCGUCAUACGCUCUGAGCGUGGACGCUCGCGUCGACAUCAGUCGACCGCCAUACAAUCAACUGUAUUUUAUAUUAUAGCAGUAGGAGUCAGCGUCGCGUCGAGUGUGCGUUCUGUGGUCCUCGGGUUAUAAAAUUUAGAUAGUUUGAGUUGUAAUUAUGAUACCUAUAAGAUAAACUCGGGUAAUUUAUAAAUGUUUUAGAAAAAUUACAUUGGGUUGCAUUUUGAUUUGUUAAAGUUUUAUUAAACAGUCAUGAACUCAAGGCCUUUGUGUCCUCCAAAUUCGGAUCCGAUAGACUUGGGAUUCAAUUUGGGAUUUUAAAAGUAGGUCAAUAGGUCAGAGUAGAUGGGGAUAUUCCAGAAGGGACAACAGCAGAGCAGGUGAAUUUUGGAAUAAGUAAACAAAAUUUUAAAAUAAACAAAGCAGAAUGACUGUUAAUUCUGAAAAGGCGGUCCGAAUAGUCACUAAACGAAAUAGAUUUACUAAGAAAGGGAGAUAUGGCUUUAUUGAAUAUGGGUGCUCCGAGAAGAUGUGGACUGCAUUUAAACUGCAUAUACAGUCAUAUUUGUGGUGUACUUAAUAAAAUGUACUGGAAUGUU